AUGGAUAUCAACGAGACGAUCAAACAGUUUCAGCCCUCGUCCACAGGCAAAGCAAAGAAAGCAUUCUCAUACGUGGCGACGAUGGCGGAACAAGCAGUCGCCCCUAUGCAGCCGGCAGAGAAGGUCUCGGAUGUGAUCAAGAAUUAUAGGGCGUCAAAGGCAUUUAGAGGCAAUCCCAAGUCAGAUAAGCAAGUAAAUGUCACUUCGCUGGACUUCGAUGACCAGGGAGACUAUCUGGUCGCCUCGGGUGACGAUGAGAUGAUACAGGUAUUCGAUAUCAAGGAGGGAAAAUCUACAAAAACCGUCCCGAGCAAGAAAUACGGCGUACACCUGGCAAGGUUCACACACCAUUCACGCCAAAUUCUCCAUGCGAGUACGAAACUUGACGAUUCACUACGACUUCUUGAUCUACACAACGAGAGCUACCUUCGAUAUUUCACGGGCCACACGGAUAAAGUGACUUCUCUUGCCCUUUCUCCGGGAUCAGACGCAUUCCUAUCCUGCUCAAAGGACGACACUGUUGCUUUUUGGGACCUCAACUCACGGAAUGCCCAGGGCAAACUUAAGCUUGCAACUCCCUACCUUGCUGCUUUCGACCCAUCCGGAAGUGUCAUAGCUAUCGCUUCUCAGUCAACCUCUUUUGUCCUCCUAUAUGAUUUCCGAAACUACGACAAAGCGCCCUUUGCGACGUUUGAUCUCUCGCCUCUGGAAGACAGAUAUGCCCCAACAACUAAGGGGCGAGCUUGGACCCGCCUUGAAUUUUCGAAUGACGGGAAGAGUCUUCUCAUCGGAACCGAUUACCAUGGCCACUUCGUACUCGAUGCCUUCGAGGGCAAUCUGAAGGCAUUUUUGGUUGGUAAACAGGGCCCAACUGGACGUGCAGCACCAGUCUCUACCACCGGAAAGCCGCCUGGUCAGGGAGAUGUAUGCCUCACACCAGAUGGGCGAUAUGCAAUUGGAGGUGCAGGAGAGCAGCCUGAUACGUUGGUUUGGGAUUUACAUCAACCUCCGGAUGCGAAAAUGUUUCUUGAACCAAUGACUCACUUGCCUUAUUAUCGAUCGAGGACGGUUCUCGUACAAACCAACCCAAGAUAUAAUAUGUUUGCAACUGCGGAUAGAGAAAUCGUCUUUUGGCUGCCUGAAGACGGUACAAAGACGCCUGACAAAUGA